UUAUCUUUUCACCUUCUGUGUCUCUCUCUUCUCACUGUUUCCUCUUUGGUAAAGGAGCGAACGAGCCGCGCCACCGAUUCGACCCGAUACGCAAGAAAACAAGACCGGGAUAUUACCGGCACCGAAUCGCCUCUUGCAAGCUUGGCUCUCAUUAUAUUCGCAAUGGACUCCCACUCUGGUUCUUCAAGUCUCGGAAAUUUAUUUUCUCCUGGUAUUUGAUUUCUGUGAGGAAAUAGGGUUAGGGUUUUCCGUUUUAAAGCAUUGCUGCGACGGCGAUUGGAUUUUUUCCUUGAUUUUAGGCUUUGUGGGUUCGAUUCGAGACGGGGAAGAUAGGCGUGUGUAGAGGAUAAUGUGUAUACUCUGUGUGAUUCAGAAGUGGUCUCGCCGGGUUGCUACGAUGCUGCCUUGGUUAGUUAUUCCACUCAUAGGACUUUGGGCUCUCUCCCAACUUUUGCCGCCUGCAUUUCGGUUUGAGAUUACAUCUCCGAGGCUCGCCUGUGUGUUUGUGCUUUUGGUUACUCUCUUUUGGUAUGAGAUUUUGAUGCCUCAGCUGUCAGCCUGGCGUGUUCGCAGGAAUGCACAGCUCAGGGAGAGGAAGAGGUUUGAAGCGAUAGAAUUGCAGAAGCUUCGGAAAACCGCGACAAGGCGGUGCAGGAACUGCUUGACUCCGUAUAGGGAACAGAAUCCUGGUGGUGGUCGGUUUAUGUGUUCAUAUUGCGGUCAUAUUUCGAAGCGGCCGGUUCUGGACUUCCCCUUACCGCCUGGUAUGGGAAACAAUGGGAUUAUUAAGGAUUUAGUUGGAAAAGGUGGGAAGAUAUUUAAUGGAAAGGCAUGGUCCGAAAAUGGAUGGACGUGCGGUCAGGAUUGGUUGGAGAAUGGCAAUUGGGUCAGUGGGUCUGUUUCAGCAAAGUCUAGUUAUUGGAUGAAGAAUGGGAGUGGUAUGUUUGGUGGAGAUGAACAUUGUUUGGCCGAGAAGUCUUACUCGGGAGUUGUUAUUUUUGCAUGCAAGCUGUUGACAUCUUUUUUCUUCAGCAUUAGGUGGCUUUGGAGAAAGAUUUUUAGGAUUAGUUCAAGCGAAGAUAAUUUGACUGAAGCUGAGCAUCGGGCGAUGUUGGCUAAGAAGGGCGAGAAUGGGGCAAGCUUUCAUGAAAGUAGAGGAGAGAAAGCACGCAGAAAAGCUGAAGAGAAGAGACAGGCUAGGUUAGAGAAGGAGCUUUUGGAGGAGGAAGAGCGAAAGCAGAGGGAGGAGGUCGCAAGACUAGUCGAGGAACGGAGGAGACUGAGGGAUGAGAAAAUGGAAGCUGAGAAAAAAACAUCACCAGCUGUCAGGGAAAAGGAUAGUAAGAAGGAAGCUGAAAAGAAGCGUCAGGAGAGAAGGAAAGAGAAGGACAAAGCGUCUAGUAAGAGCAAUUCUGAUGCAGAAGAGCUGGAAAAAAGAGCAGGUAAGGAAAUUGAGCAAAAGCAAGAAUUGGAAAAGAAGAAUGAGAUCGAUCGCCGGGAACAUCAAAAAUCUGGGACUGAAGGCAUAAGAGGCCAGAGUAUCGAAACUGGACAUGGGAUGAAAAAUAUAUCUGCAAACAGUGUUAGCCGGGGAAAUUAUGGAACUAGGUAUCUGGAUCGUAUGAGGGGUACGAUUUUUUCCCAUUCUAGAGCAUUUAGUGGCAAUAGUCUUUUUGUAAAGGGUGCUAAUAUUCCUGCCACAAUUACAAAGGAAAGCAGGCCUAACAGUUCAGUUGAUCAUAUCCAUCAUUUUGCUAAUAAGAGAGAUUUAUUUCCACACGAACAUGUAGCUGGAAAACCAUGUGCAAAUGGAGAUGACAAGAGCAUCAAUCGCGCUGUGCUCUCAGAACAACCUAGGACAACACCUAAGAAAUCAUGGCAACAAUUAUUUACUCGAUCUUCAUCUGCUCCUCCUUCAAAUACAAAUGUCAUAAGCAGACCAAAUACAAAGUUCCAAGCAGAAGUUCAAAGCUCACAGUUCAGCAGCCAAACAACAUCGACACAAUCAUAUGAUAAUCCUAUUAACUUUGGGCUGCCAUCACCAUUUACACUGCCUACCUAUUCAAAUGUAUCCACAAGCAGUGGUUUAGGUUUUUCACCAGCAAUCGAAUCCAUCUUUCCUCGCAUUGGAGAACCAUCCCAUGAAUUUAAAUAUGAAGAGCCAGAGCUUUUUGAAGACCCAUGUUAUGUUCCUGAUCCAGUAUCCUUGCUUGGGCCUGUUUCGGAGUCACUUGAUAAUUUUCAAUUGGACCUGGGCACUGGAUUUGCAACAGACCUGGGAUUGGAAAGGCCUCGUGCUUUAAAGAAAGUAUCUGCUUCAUCUGAAGUCAACAAGCCAUCUCCAAUCGAGUCUCCAUUGUCACGAGAAAAGCAUAAUACUUCUAAUUGGUUACAAUGUACCCCUAGGGCCCAAGAUAAUUUACCUGUCACUGAUGCUACUACAAAUGAGACAGGAACAUGGCAGAUGUGGAAUACCUCUCCUCUUGGUCAGGAUGGUCUAGGUUUAGUUGGUGGGCCUGUGAGCUGGCUUUUACCCCCUGAAUGGAGUAGAGCAAACAAGGAAGAUUUAGUGCAUCCAUCUCAGAAAACUACUGCUUCACUGUUUGCAAAUGAUGACCAUGUCCUUUCUGGCACUCAUUCUCCUCAGAAUGUUUUUCUUGGUAAUGGGCAGAAUGGUGGGCCAUACAGCCCAGUUACUGGUUCAAGUGAUCAUGAACCCUGGUUACAGAAAGCUUUCUUUCCUCCGUUGGCAGGAAGUGAAAACCAUUUUGCACUCAAGCCUCGAGAAGAAUUUACACAAAAUGAAAUGAUUUUUGGAAGUCCAAGCUCUGGAAGUAAACAUCCAUUAGACAUGUCUCCUGCUAAUUGUUGGUCCAACAGAAAGGAAUGGAGUGUGCAGGGUUCAGGGGAAGGUGGUGGUAAGUCAUCCGUUGCAAGGCCCCCAAUUGGGGAUCUAUAUCCCACCCAAGAUGUACAAUCACUUUGGUGAUUUGAUUGAAAACAGGGACAGAAUAUGAGGGACUUAAAAUACACCUGUUCUCUAGACGCAAAAUAGCCUCUUUUGGAGGAGAGUUGAGAAUAGUGGAUGCAAUGUAUCUUCCUUCUCUUCUUCUUUA